AUGUCUUCAGUAACCGAUGGAACCUUCAAAUCUGGUACUCCAACAUUUGGCCUGAGAACCAGUGCGUCAAAUGUCGGUACGAUUGAAAAAUUUGAGAAAGGCCAAAAUUUGGCUGUUGGCACGCAUAAAGUAGAAAUUGUGGAUUAUUUAACUGAAGGUGGAUUUGCUCAAAUUUACGUUGUGAAAUUUAUAGAGGUUCUGAAUGAAUUUGAUAAUGAAGAUAAUGGUUCUAACGUUAGAAUCUCAAAUUAUUCUCUAAAGCUUGGGGAUGUGGCAUGUUUGAAAAGAGUACUAGUUUACGAUGAAGUCGGCUUAAAUGAGAUGAGAAAUGAGGUCAAUGUGAUGAAAAAGUUAAGAGGUUGCCCAAAUAUUGUACAAUAUUACGAUUCAAAUGCAACUAGAAGCCAUAAUGGCAAUCCAGGGUACGAAGUGCUGUUACUCAUGGAGCUAUGUUCUAACAAUUCUCUCUUAAACUACAUGAACCAAAGAUUAGCGACUCAGUUGUCUGAAAAAGAGGUUUUAAAAAUUAUGUAUGACGUUACUUCGGGGGUUGCACAGAUGCAUUAUUUAAAAACUCCUCUUAUUCAUAGAGAUAUUAAAAUAGAAAAUGUUCUGGUUGAUUCAAACAAUAAUUUCAAGUUAUGUGACUUCGGUUCAGCCACAACUUGUCCGCCAGUUGCAACAACACAUCAGGAUAUAGCUCUUCUAGGACAAAAUGUCUAUGUACAUACGACACCACAAUAUCGAUCCCCUGAGAUGAUUGAUCUUUAUAGGUAUCUUCCCAUCAAUGAAAAGUCAGAUAUUUGGGCCUUAGGUGUUUUUCUUUACAAGCUACUAUUUUAUACAACACCAUUUGAAACCACAGGACAAUUUGCAAUGCUUCAUUCCAAAUUUGAUAUCCCAGCAAAUAAAUAUUCCUCAAAAAUAAUUAACUUGGUUAUUAUAAUGCUGUCAGAAAAUUUGAACUUGAGACCCAAUAUUUAUCAAGUAAUGCAUUAUAUUUGUCAACUAAUACAAGUAGAUACCCCAAUUUUGGAUAUUUAUGGAAGAGGUCCUUACAAUUUUAGCAAAUACAGUGAUUAUCAAAAAAAAGCACAGGCGAUCCAAAACCAAUUAUUUGCAUCAGGGCAAAAUAAUUCGAAUGUGAUGAAACAAACAGACAGUGUAGAUGACUUUCUAAAUGAUUUUUUCUUGGCUACUUUUGAAGCUGCAUCUAAACUCGAUAUUGAGAGAAGUCCUCCAACGAAUGCCGUUAAUACUGUUCACGGUACACUGCAAAAACAAGAAAAUUUACAUAGCAGUAGCAAGAGUGCUAGGACUGAGCAGGAUUUUGGAGAAACAUAUUAUCCACCAUUUUCUGAAAUAAAUACCUAUUUGGACAAAGAACUCAACCCAACAGCAUCAAUUACGGGAGUGCUAAAACCACCGAUAAGUACCCAGCAUGAGGCAAGUUCUAAAAAUAUUCAUAUCCAGACUGAUUUGGAUUUAUUGAAUGUAGUUACAAAUCAAAGACAAAAGAGUAUCAGUUCAUAUUCUUCGGGGGGCAAUAAAUCUAUGAAAAGUGUUUCUCGCACUGUUUCGAGUUCUGCAGCUCCAGAUGAUCUAGAGCUUUCCAAUAAAAUGAGUAAUAUGUCUAUUUCUAAGACGAGACAGCAUAAAUCUAACAAUCCAUUCCCGAAUAUGUUAAAUGAAUACCCACCAACCAAUAACUCCAUUACACAUAACUACUUCUUAGAUCUUGACGGACCGGCUCCUCAGCUUCCUCUAUUGUCACAGAUACCAAGCACUCUAACUGAUUCUGAAAACACUCAUGGUAAGAUGCCAUUUGAAAUGCCGAAGUUCAACCAAAUAAUGAAUAGCACAAACAAUAUUUCUCAGCGGGAUCAGAUUCGGAACCCGCCAACUACGCAACAGCCUCAACAGCGAAGAUCUUUUUUCUUUGAAGGUAUAGGUAAUAUUCAACCCACCAUCAAUGACAUUACUAUAAACGAUGCGAGUGAAGGGACUGUUCAAACAACGGUUGAUAAUAAUGCCGAUUAUUUCAAUGAUACUCUACCAGGUUCCGAUAAUAUAGCUAGGGAAACAAGCUAUUCCUUGGAAGACAAAGGUGCACCCAAACCAAGACCGCAGGUACCAUUGGUACAGCCAACGGAAAGAUCGCUCAGCAGUCUGAAUAAUCAGAAAUCGGGGAGAGUGGAUAAAUUAAACACUACUUAUGCGCCAUUGGAUGAAACAUUGCCGACUAGUGCACUGGAAAACAAGAGAAAUGAUCUCCUAAAUCUGACCUUUAAUGAAAUGAAUUUUUCUCAAGAAAGUAUGAAAGAAAGUGAAACAUCCAGUACCACUAGACAAGAAAGACCAUUUGAAGGCAACACUCUUGACAGACGACUGAGUAGGGUGAACUUUAGCAACGAAGAUAGCAUAGCAUCUAGUGAAAGUAUCAACAUAAACUUAGAAGAAAAAAGACACAAGAGUGCAGUUAGCAGAAAAAUAUCCGAAAAUAAAAGCAGUAGCAACAAGGAUAAUAGACGUGACUUUUCCAAGAAAAAAAGUCCUGUUAGUAGAUUUGAGUACCAGAAUAACAAUGAAAGGAGCCUAACCUCGGUAGGACGUCAUUCAUUGGAUUUGAAAGUCCAGGAAGUGAACUUUACUGGGGAAGAGAGAUCUAACAACAAUUUAAGAAAAGAACAUAGUGCCAAACACAGUUCUAAAGAUAUAAGAAGAACCUCAUUCGCAAGAGCGCGCCAGUCAUUGGAUAUCGAAAGGCUUAGAAGUGAAAUGUCUAGUUCUAGUACUAACAGCAGCAAGAAGCGGUCAAUUUUCUCCAUGUUCAAGUCUGAUAGAAAGUAA